AUGCUCUACUACUGGCAGCCAAACUACUCUUGGGCUAGCGUACUUGCGCUCUUUAUGAAAACAAACAGUGCAAACUUAUGGCGGCACUUCAACCCCGAUACGGCUGUUGUUUAUAACCAUAUGCGCAGUUUGAUACACGUUGAUAUCGGAGGUUUUAUUCCUGCUUUCUUGGACAUCGACUCAUGGAUAUCUCAUAACAUGAUAAGCAAAAACUCCAUUAGGAAAGUCGGAUUUACUCCUCUCGACAACUCCGAGCCGGAAACGCAUAAACUCAGCAUAAACUCCGUGCUUGAACCGAAGUUCCUUUCCAUUACUACUCCCAUAGGGCAAAGCGGCCACACACACCCGAAUUUGACAACUUCGUGGAGACUAUCCGACUAG